AUGUAAUAAACACAGCAGAUGUAAACAAAUCCAUAUUCCAAAUUUUUACACUCCCCUUUUCUUCAAAAUAUAACAGAUAGUGUCAACCAGGAACAAAUUCUUAAAAAUGAGUAAAACCUUACGUCAAAAUAAAAUACCUAAGAUAAUCAAAGCUAUCCUAUAAUCAUACUCAUUGUAUGUGUUAUGAUACUUAUUUUUGUCUGUGGAGUCAUUUUUGAAGUUUCAAGAAGAAAAAAACUCAAAAAAGAUUUAGAAUAAAGAUUAAUCCAAGAGAACAUGUACUCAAUUCAAAAUAACAUAGUUAAAAUGAACUAAAUCUAAGAUUCUCUAUAAAAUUCCCUUUGGAAUCUUAAAACGAUCAAUAAUUAAAAAUCUAAUACUAAGUUACUUAAAUUCAAAACAAUAUAUGUACACCAUAAUAAACUAGAAUUAUAAAUAACUCAAGAAAAAUAAAAAAAUCUAUGGUCUGCUGAAGGAAAUAUUGUACUAUAAUCUAACUAAGAAAUACAAGUUCAUCUUAGAACUUCUCUCGAUUCUGAUUUAUUUCAGAAGAUAAAAUCAAUCGAUUACUUAUACUUACUUUAAUUAUAUUAAGGAUCCUUUAAUGAAUAAGAAAAUAAGUUCUAAGGAAAAUGUAAAGUUUACGGAUGUCAAGCUACAUAAGAUCAAAAUUUUAAUGGAUCAUUUGAACUCUAAAAAGUAUCUCAAUGA